AUGGAGUUAGCCAUGGCCGCCGCCUACACCUCGUGCCUGGGCCUGCCCCCCGCCGCGCACCCGUACGACGACGCAUCCGUGGCCUGCGCCCUCGGCCAGCUCUACUCCACCAAGGAUCCGUUCGCCCUGCCGGUCAGCUGCCUCCUCCCGCCCCCCGAGCUGCCGCCGGCCUUCGGGUUGCCCGUCGGCGGCCUCGCCCCCGUCUGCUGCUGCGCCAAAGCCGCGGGGCCCCCCGCGUUCCCGCCCUUUCCGUGGGCGCACGCGCCCUCGCCGCCAGCGCCGCCGCGCUGCGCCAUCACGGAGAUCGACGAGUCCCGGGAGGUGGAGUCGGAGGACAACCUCUCCCCUCGCUCUGUCCUCACGCCCUGGAGGAGGCCGACGCCCGCCUCGCCGCUGUCUCCGCCUCCGCCUCUUGUGGUCGGGGGCAAACGGGCCUUCGACCCAAGCAGCGAGAAGACUUCUCUGAUGAUCUGCAAUAUCCCCAACGGAUUCGUGAAGCGGAGGUUCAUGGCGAUUCUGGACCAGCAUUGCGUCCAGGAGAACGAUAAUCCUGAAUGGCGUGUCGUUGGCGGUGGCAAGUUCGUGAGGUCGGAGUAUGACUUCCUCUACAUCCCAAUAGACUUCAGGACGAAGUACAACAAAGGCUAUGCGUUCGUCAACAUGACAACGGCGAUCGCUGCACGGCGGCUCCACGCGUUUCUCCACGGGCACCGCUGGGCCCUGGCAGGCUCUCGGAAGGUGUGUGAGGUCGUGCAUGCGGACAUCCAGGGGGUGGAUGCUUUGUCAGCGCACUUCUCCUGCUCCAAGUUCCCCUGCGGUAACAAGGAAUUCCUGCCGGUGCGCUUCGGCCCGCCACGGGAUGGCCUCCGGCCGAGGGUGGAGCGUGUGAUUGGCCGCACGCUGGUCCACCGCCCCACUGAUCAAUCCGCCCGCCCCAUGCCGCAUGCUGCACAAAGAGGAGGCAAAUCGAAACCUGCUGCAGUGGGGAACAAAACUGUUUGA